CGCAUAGCAGCAAAGGGAGAAGGCAGGCGGCGACGGGGUGGCAGGCAUUGCAGUGGGCCAGCCAUGGAGCCGAGCUUGGUGGUAGCGAGGCCGGGGCAGCAAGGUAACAGUCCCUGCAGUGGUCUGCCGCCGCGUCACCUCCCCACACCCCUCGUGAUCCUCUCUGACUGCGUCACACCAUGCCCCUCAGCCUCUUUCGGCGCUUUCUUCUUGCCACCCUGCUGCUGGUGAUCGUCUGGACCCUCUUUGGGCCCUCGGGGGUCGGGGAAGAGCUGCUGAGCCUUUCGCUAGCAUCCCUGCUCCCAGCCCCCGCUUUGCCGGGGCCGCCCCUGGUUCUGCCCCGCCUCUUGAUCCCCAACCAGGAGGUCUGCAGUGGGCCCGGCGCCCCUCCCUUCUUGCUUAUCCUGGUGUGCACAGCCCCAGAGAACCUGAACCAGAGAAAUGCCAUUAGGGCCUCGUGGGGCGGACUGCGCGAGGCCCAAGGACUAAGGGUACAGACGCUCUUUCUGCUGGGGGAACCCAAUGAGCAGCACCCCAACAGAGGUGCCCAGAAGAAUGAUCUGGCAUGGGAGUCAGCAGCCCAGGGGGACAUCUUGCAGGCUGCUUUCCAGGACUCCUACCGCAACCUGACCCUCAAGACCCUCAGCGGGCUGAACUGGGUAAACAAACACUGCCCCAUGGCCCGCUACAUCCUCAAGACAGAUGAUGAUGUGUAUGUCAACGUCCCUGAGCUGGUGUCAGAAUUGAUCCUGCGCGGGGGCACUGGGGAGCAAUGGGAAAGGGGUGUGGAGCCCCACGGAGAGGCUGCUGCUGUAAACAAAGAGCGGGAAAGCCAGGCAUUGAAUCAGGUAGUGCCACUUCUGUACCUAGGCCGUGUGCAUUGGAGGGUAAACCCCUCUCGGACACCAGGGGGCCGGCACCGAGUGUCAGAGGAGCAGUGGCCUCCUACCUGGGGCCCCUUUCCACCCUAUGCCUCUGGUACAGGGUAUGUGCUGUCAGCUUCUGCUGUGCAGCUCAUUCUGAAGGUGGCCAGCCGGACACCCCCUCUGCCACUGGAGGAUGUCUUUGUCGGGGUAAGUGCACGAAGAGGAGGCCUCGCCCCAACCCACUGUGUGAAGCUGGCUGGUGCCACCCAUUAUCCUCUGGACCGGUGCUGCUAUGGGAAAUUCCUGCUGACAUCCCACAAGUUGGAUCCCUGGAAGAUGCAGGAAGCCUGGAAGCUGGUGAGCGGACUGGAUGGGGAAAGGACUGCACCCUUUUGCUCCUGGCUCCAGAGAGUACUAGGCAUCCUUCGGUGUCGGGUGAUGGCCUGGAGGCAUAGCUGAGUGUGGGGCCAUGAGGGGAGUGAGGAACUGUGGGUCCAGCCAGCACCUCCAGGACCACCUCUCUCCCAGGCCCAAAGCAGGGGCCCUACUUGGCUGAGCUAAUUAGUUUCCUCAUACCAGACCUUCAGUCUGUCACCAAAGAUAGCGAUCCAGGUUAAGUGUUAGGGGCUUGGUCUGCCAGCCCCAAAGAUGGUCACCAAGGAGAGGGGAAAAUGCUUGUUAUUCCCUUCAGCCAGGGCAGGAGAGGCACACCAGCCCGCCAAUAAACUUGUCUCUCCAGCCGUUCAAAUGCAAUGUGUCUUCACCAGGAUUCCCAGAAACAAAAACCUGGAGAGUGAGAGGCUCCAAGCCUCCUGGAUAAGGACAUUCUUGGGGCCAAGGGAAAGAGAGGAUGGCCCUGCUGGGGAGGCAAGGCAAAAGCCACAGCAUUCAUAAGAUAUGGAGAAAGGGUGGAGGUAGGACACUGACCCCUGGGCCUAGAACAGUUCCACUCUGGAUGAGGAGGAGGGAAGCAGGUCCACAGAUGAUCCAGACACAAGUGAAAAACUUGCCCCUUUCUUUAAUACUUGACCACCCAAGGAGCCAGGUGUCCAACAACAGUUGGAAAAGAGGACACAUUGUCACCUUAUUCCAGGGAACAGUCAUUUCCCUACAGGUGAUCUUUGGGAAAGAUUGCUGUUCCCACACCACCCUGAAGCCUGGUUCAACGCACAAAUCUGUCCAGGGCAGAUGGCCGGCUUCCCUUGGGCUUGGCCUUCUCUUGCUUCUGCUUCCGCUGCUGCUGCUGCUGUUGUUCAAUGCUCUGCCGGACUUUGUCCUGAGAACAAGAAAUAGGGAGAAGCGGGACUGGGGAUAACUGGGUUGGUAGACUGAGGCCAUGGAGUCAAUCCCCAGCACCACCCAAAAAAAAAGAGAGAGAGAGAGAGAGAGAAGUGGGGUAGAGGACACAGGGCAAGGUGCACAGCGGUGCUGGCAAAGCCCAAGAUACACGCAGGAGGUGGAUACAGCUAGAGGGAAACCUGGACACUUCCAAUGCCAUUACCCUGUGCUCCUUGUCCAUGACCUUCCUCUUCCUCUUUACCAGGCUUGCUGUAGAGCUGCGGCCUUUCUGCUUUGGCUUUGGCUGGAAGGGAACCUUGGCCUCAGGGUCAUAGCCCUGAGGAGAAACAGAAGCAAUAGCCUCAGAGUCAGGGAACUGGCAGCAUUCACCAUUCUGGGGAUAGGCCUGUGGUGGGGUGGGGAGAUGGGGAUGAGGAAGGGCCUGGACACUCAGGGGCCACUCCAUACCAGCCUCUCUAUCCGUUCCUUCUUUUCCUGUUCCAAAGAGAUGACAUCAACCUCUGCCAGGGCUCGGGGAUCCAGACAAAUGAGCUCUGCAGGUACCUGGGGGUGUCACAGGUGGAUAGGAAUGGGUAAGGGGUCACAGGAUCCUGAAGCUAGUCUUCCCAAGACCUCUGACCCGAAAGCACCAGGGAGCUGUCCUUACCCUAGCCUUAAGCCACAUGGGGGAACACCUGCCCCAGCAAGGAGCAGCUCACCUUCUCUAGCAGGGCCUUCACUUCCCACUCCUGGCGCUGCUUCCGGCUCCUGUAUGGGUUGCUCUCCAGGGCGUCAAAGUUGGGUUCAGCAGCCCCUGGAGAGAGAAGCAUGGAGCCAUGUAACUCCAACCCAACCUAGUCCCCUGCCUGUCCCCUGGCUGUCUCAGGCCACCCAACUUUCAUCCAGAGUUCAUUCCCUUCAUGCCCCACCCCCUGGCACACUCACCAGGCACCAGCAUGCUGGUGAUGCCUCCACUGUGCCCCACCCCCAGCACAUCUUCAAAGGGGCAAAACUGAAGACCGUGCACAUGGCCAGAGAGCCGGUGGGUGAGGUACGCCUGCUCCAGGGAGGGUGGGCUGGCCUUGCCCUGCCCUGCCCAUAUGUUAAUGACAUCACCCAUUCCUGCAGCCAACAGUCCCCGCUGGGAAAAGGCAAGGUGCCCUGCUCCCUGGGGCAGAGUUCGAGCACUCAGAGGCUGGAAUGUCCCUCGCAAGUCAAAGAUCUUCAGCUGAUGAUCCAGGCCAGAAGUAGCCAUAUACCUGGGGGAGAUGGAGAAUGAAUUUAUCUAUUGGUAUGGGUUAACUAAGACCUGUGGUCAAGUCCAAGUGUCAGAUCUGAAAAAACAGUAAUAAUUACUAACAUCACAUUAAACACUCCAUUAAGCUUCAAACAACUCUGUACUAUUUUCCUUUUACAGCUGAGGAGAUAAAGCUCAGAGAAAGCCAAUCUGGGUUAGUGAGUGGACAAGCUGGAGGUCAAGUAAGGCCCAUUUUUUUAGUGUCUGCUCUCCUUGUACUAACACCACACUGCCCUUUCAGGACACAUGGAUCUAAGGACAACAAACGCCAGUCUGUACCUAAAUGUGGUGUCCCACUGCACAGACAGACAGCAGAGUAGCUCAGCAAGGGGAAAGAGCAUCUGCAGUGGUCAGGGAAGGCUUCUUGGGAAAGGAAUUGCCUAGGCUGUGCUAGGUAAUUCUCAAGAAAGCACAAGAAACAGAUCCAGACACAUCAGCACCAGAGUGUGCAUACAAUGAGAUGGAAGCAGAGGUGUGUCUUUAGGAUUUGUGGGAAGUAUGAGGAGGGAGAGAGGGAGAAAAAAAAAAGGACAGAAAGGAAAGGAAAUAAGGUAAGGUAA